UGUGUUUAUACCAGCCCCCUUUCCCGUACAAGGCGACUGUUUUGUGCCUGUGUGGACAUCAUGGUUUGGGAGGUGGUGACCCCAGCUGUGCCGUCCAGUGAACCCAAACAUCACAACAUGCGGCAUUCUGAGCCUCAGGGUGAACACAAACAAAUACAUCCUGUAAAACUAGCCGAGUGUGCUCCCUCCGCUGUGAUCUUGUGUCGUGUGUCUGGUCUUACCUUCAGGAGUGAUGGUGGAUGCCGAUGGAGACCAAUCACUGCUCUGCUGUGAGGAACACCUCCCCUCCUCACCUGGCUUCCCCACCAGUGACAGUUACAUGGAAUACGACGACCUCCCAGACCUGCAGGUGGUUCAGGAGGAGGCGGAGCCAACAGCACCACCUGUCUACCCGCUGGACUUAGGUGUGUCCCACCAGGAGCGACGUGCGCACGCCCAGCCUCCUGACACACACUGGCUGACUCAGCUGGCUCACAUCGCCACCGGACCUCAGAGCCCACUGCUACAAGAGUCUCCUCACAGCAGCUCCUCUUCGGUCUGCCUCUCCAGCGCCAGAAGCAAUCUACAUUCCUACUCUCGGCCUCCUCCCCCUCACCCCAGCAGCACCCUGUCGGCCCCCAGAGGUCAUGGCAGGGAGCGUCGGCGUAGCAGGAAGAGCAGUGAAUGUGGUUCUGCAGUGUCAACCAGAUCCUCUCUAUCUGAUGACGAAGACAUGGGCUGGAGCUUCUCCUGUCCACCCACGGCCUGGCACUGCUUUCUCAAAGGCACUCAUCUGCGCUUCCACCGCGGCUCUAAUGUGGAGUGGCAGGACGUCGAGGACCUGGACUCUGCUCAUGAAGACUCUGGUGAUGAGGAACAGCCCAGAUCUCUGAAGAGUUAUGGCUCUGAGGGUCUGCAGCUGGUGGAGCAUUCAGAGAUUGUGUUGUCUGGUCAGGCUGUCCUACAGCUGACCUUUGACCCCGGGGCAUUCGGACACACCCCCAUGACCGCCCGGUGCCAACUUGAUCACCCCUUCUACGUCAAAAACAAAGGGUGGACGUCGUUUCACCCGAGCUUGACCGUGGUGCGUUAUGGGAUACCGUGCUAUGAAAUGGAGGUGGGAGACGUGUGCCUUCCUCCAGGACACAGAGAUGCCAAACACACUGACGACUCACAGGUCUUUGACACAUUCAAGAGUUAUGAUUUCACUCCUCUGGACUCGUCUGCGGUGUACGUGUUGAGCAGUAUGGCCAGACGGCGGCGUGCCUCGCAGUCCAGCGGAGGAGCUGUUUCUCCAGAUAGAGACACAUUACAAGACACCCCGAGUCCCGGUCACUCCCACUCUCCUCGUCAAAAGCCAACCAAAAGCCAGCAAGCCAGCACAGCAGGAAGUAAUAAUGCCACGCCCAAUAGGUGCAAGCGGCCAAUGAACGCCUUCAUGCUGUUUGCCAAGAAGUUCAGGGUGGAGUACACACAGAUGUACCCAGGCAAGGACAACAGAGCGAUCAGCGUCCUCCUUGGGGAGCAGUGGAAGAAAAUGCGAAGUGAGGAGCGGCGGACGUUCACCGUAGAGGCCAAAGCCCUUGCAGACGAACAGAAAAGACUCAACCCAGACUGCUGGAAACGCAAACGAACCAACUCUGGUUGUCAGGGAAAUUAAGGAUGCAGACAAGAGGAGAGAACGACCGACACAGCCUGUAGGAGUACACACACACACACACAGAAAUGACAUAGAACAGAGAGCAUAACCUAAUACACUGCUUUAAUAUUAUCUCUUGUUAACAACAGACCCUUCUUGAUCUCCCACAGUGAGGAUUUGAUUUUUUUUUUUUUUUUUAAUUCUCACAAAGAGUAAAAAGAGCAACAGUGUCUGUUUUUUUUGGGACAUUUUGAGCCGUCACUUCCCUCUGUAUUGCUUUUAACAGGUGCUAAAUUACAAUAUAACAUUUUAAAUGGUAUAAAUCAUUAUCUGUUUAUAGUCAUUAUGUCAAGUUAUAAAUCAUUAUAUUUUAAUGCUACAGAGCACCGUAGCGUCUAUCUCCAUAUAAACAACAUUACAAAGCAGGUCAACUAGGUUUUAUGUAUGACUGGAGUUCAUCUCUCCAUAAGUGAUUUCAGAAAUGUGACAAUUCAAAAAGAGAUUCUGGUCAUUUUCCGUUUCUCAUCAUGAGCUUGAAACAGGUGGAAGAUGUGGUGCUGUAGCAUUUUAGGUAAACUAGAGACUGUAGCUAUUUUACCAAAGUUAUAUAUUAUAUAUAAAGAAAUAUAUAUAAAGUAUGUUCUUGCCUGUACUACUUGCAUUUGCACUCAGUGUAUUGCACAAGACUACGUAUUUUAACUUUGCUUUUGUGUAAUUUAUCAUGUAAUAUUUAGUUAUUCAACAAAUGUACACCAUCAAUUCUCAAAUAGUGGCCCAGGGGGUUUUAUUUACCUCAACUUAAGAGAGAAUCAGAAUCAUAAUUCUCCAAUUUAGAACUAUGUUUUUAACCAUAUAUUUAAGUAAAAGAGGUUAUAAACAUAAAAAGGGGGCAGAAUCUCUUCACUUCUUUGGAAGGCUUUUAU